AUGGUGGGCGCACUGGUUUGCAUGCCUUCACCCCGUUGUGUGUGUGGGUUUGUGGGUUACAGUUGCCGUUGGGUGUUUUUCCUGACUGCGGGGGGUAACCGUAUGUGUCUGGAGUUUGAAACUGACUCGUUCCGUGGCGAUUAUCACUGCCCUGCAUUCCGUGGAUCAUCCGAUUCGACGGUGCCAAAAAAUCCAAUGCGGUGGGGUUUGUUGCGCUGCGAACGAUGUCGAACGGGGGAAGAUGGAGCGCGGGGAAGGCUAGAAGGCCAGCAAUUGGUUUUCCCUACUAUGAUGCGAGCGGUCGCUAUUAGUUCCUAUUUUUCGCCAUGGUGGUAG